CCCCUUGGCGUAUACGCCGGCCAAAAACGACUUCACGAUCGGCUUGGCACCCAGCUGGCGAUCCUGUUAAACAGCUCAUUGGUCCUCUGCCAGCGUCGUGCUCUUUUGCGAGCUAAGGAGGCUUCUCCACCCCCUGGUCUGCGUGUCUGCCCCGGUCCAGUCCAAAGUCCCAGUCCCUGGCGCGGUCGUGAUGUCGACCAAGACCCUUGUCUGGGGACAAGAAGCCCGGCAGGCCUCCUGGUUUCUUCACCCAGCCUGGGCAACAAGCUUGAUUCGGCGCGAUCUGGUAACCCACGACGACGCGAUUGGUUUGAUCACUCUUGGACUGAGCUCACCAAGGUGUUUUGCAUGAUUCGUGCCAACUCCCGAUGA